AUGGACAGACGCGUGGUGAGGGGACCACUGUGUAAGCAGUUCGACUUGGAAAGAAAGAAUGCCAGGCAAGCCGAAGCUCGACUCAGCCUGAGGCUGCAAAGGCUGGAGGUCAUCUGCCUCUAUCAUGUGAAAUCGCUGGCCAGGGAGCAGAGACAGCUUCAGAAAGAACUACAGCGGCUGCAGCAAGCAGAUAUCAUCAAGAAAAAGUUCUCCUCUCGUGUGGAGAGUGGAAUUCAGAAGAGAUCGAGAGAUGGUGUCACAUUCAAAGCACAAACAGGUCAGAGGCACAUAGUCCCGGAGCCUGAAAUUAGGGUACUGGCAGCCAAUAUGACCCAAGAAGUUAAAACUAAGGUUCAGGGGCCCUCUUUACAUGACACUGCCCUCAAAGACGCCCUGAAAAGCCCAGAGCACCUGCAAUGUCAACGUGACAGAACCAGCUGCUGCAAGAAAGAGAAUUCACAAGCCCGGGAGGGAGAGUCUGCAAAGUCACUUAAGGGCAUGGACCCCAACAAGGAUGUCUCUGCCCUGUGUCAUGGCCAAGAGGUCUCCACCAACAGCACAGAAGACAGCCCUGUGUCCAGCCCAGACGAUGACAGCGGGUCUGCAUCUGCAGAUGAGACCAUAUCAAAAAACGCUGGUCGAAAGCCACAUGGGGAUGCUGAGGACCAAAAUGCCCCGAGCUCUGUGCAUUGUGCAGAGAGCUCCAAAGGCAAGUGCACAGAGCCAACCUUCCUAGAGUUGUUUGCAAAAGCCAAAAAUGCCCACUAUCUCCGCCACAGGGUGCCCCCUGAGUCUGAGAGGUUGCUUAGUGUUGGGGAGAUAUUUGGACAUGGAGGCUCCUCACUACCCAGAGAAGGGAAAAAACUGUGA